AUGCAGGGGCUGACGAGGUUCCGGGUCCUUUGGGGCAUCCACAAGUCCUUCCACGGCUUCCAUCCUGCCCCUCGGCACUUGCACUACCAGUCUUUGUCAGCACCUGGAACCACAAGAUGGAAUGACCAGGAUACGCCUGAGGAAUUUAACUUUGCAAGUGAUGUAAUAGACUACUGGACUCAAAUAGAGAAGGAAGGCAAAAGAGGCCCAAACCCAGCCCUGUGGUGGGUGAAUAACCAAGGAGACGAAGUGAAGUGGAGUUUCAGGGAGCUGACAGACUUAACCUGCCGGACAGCCAACGUCCUCACGCAGACCUGUGACCUGCAGCAGGGAGACCAUCUAGCCUUGAUCCUGCCUCGAGUGCCCGAGUGGUGGCUGGUGUGCCUGGGCUGCAUCCGAACAGGGAUUAUCUUCAUUCCAGGGACGACCCAGAUGAAGGUCAAGGACAUUCUCUACCGACUGCAGGUGUCUAAUGCCAAGAGCAUUGUGACCACAGAUGCCCUUGCGUCAGAGGUGGACUCUGUGGCUUCUAACUGUCCUGCUCUGAAAAUCAAACUCCUGGUGUCUGAUCAUAGCCGUAAAGGGUGGAUGGACUUCCGAUCUCUGAUCAAGUCAGCAUCUCCAGAACACACCUGUAUUAAGUCCAAGACCAAGGACCCAAUGGUCAUUUACUUUACCAGUGGGACCACCAGCCUCCCCAAGAUGGCAAAACACAACCAUGGAUUUGCCUUUCGAUUCUCCUUGCCUUCAAGCAGGAAAUUCCUGCAGCUGAAGGCGGCUGAUGUCCUCUGGUGCCUGUCAGAUCCAGGCUGGAUUAUGGCUGCCAUAGGGUCCCUGUUUACACCAUGGACAGCAGGAUCUACAGUCUUCAUCCAUCAUCUGCCCCAGUUUGACCCUAAGGUCAUAAUACAGACAUUCUUCAAAUACCCUAUCACCCAAUACCUUGCUGCGCCCUCCGUAUUUCGAAUGAUUCUGCAGGAGAAUUUUACCAGCCUCAGGUUCCCCACCCUGGAGCACUGCAGUACCGGCGGGGAGGCCCUAAUGCCAGAGGAGCAAGAGAAAUGGAGACAACAGACGGGCCUUCUGCUCUACCAGGGCUAUGGACAGUCAGAAACGGGCCUAGCCUGUGGUACUUUCCGGGGAAUGAAGAUUAAGCCCGGUUCCAUGGGGAAAGCCAUCCCACCCUUCGAAGUCCAGAUCAUUGACAGCAAGGGCAACAUCCUGCCGCCCAACACUGAAGGCACAAUUGGCAUCAGGAUCAAGCCUACCAAGCCCUUCGGCCUGUUCAUGUGCUAUGAGAAUGACCCAGUGAAGACAGCCGAAGUGGAGUGUGGGGACUUUUACAACAGUGGGGACAAUGCAACUAUUGACGAAGAGGGCUACAUCUGGUUCCUGGGGAGGGAUGAUGACAUCAUCAACGCUUCUGGGUACCGCAUUGGGCCGGUGGAGGUGGAGAACAGCCUGGCCGAGCAUCCGGCAGUGGCUGAAUCAGCUGUGGUGAGCAGCCCGGACCCGGUCCGAGGGCAGGUGGUGAAGGCUUUCAUUGUCCUGACCCCGCAGUUUCUGUCCCAUGACCCGGACCAGCUCACCAAGGAGCUACAGGAGCACGUGAAGUCAGUGACAGCCCCGUACAAGUACCCAAGGAAGGUGGAGUUUGUCCCCGAGCUGCCCAAAACCGUCACUGGCAAGAUCAAAAGGAGUGAACUGCGGCAAAAGGAGUUUGGUCUGAUGUAA